AUGUCCAACCCUGUGCCUCCGUCAGGCCUUGAAGUCGUUCCGUCCCAGGAACCUGAAGCCGUCAGUCGCGCGGCAGCGUACCCUGAUCAAGGGCUACAAUACGUGGAUAAUAGCCCACAUAUUGAUGAAAAGAAAGCCCAGUUUGAAAAACCACGAGUUUGCGGUUUGAAAAGAACAACUUUCUGGAUAUUAGUGGUUGCAUCUGUGGUUAUAAUAUUCGCAGCUGCCCUCGGUGGCGGCCUCGGUGGUGGCCUUUCGUCUCGUGGGAAAGAAUCAACGACAUCCAGCCAGAAAGCCAGUGAACAGUCUCCAUCUACUUCAUCAAACUCAUCAACGAGUGGCACUGCGAGCAACACCGCUUCAGCUACAGUCACCAUGUCAGCGGUAGUGGGAACCAUCAGUGGAACGACGACGACGCUCUACCGAGACUGCCCCUCCAGUAACGAUACGAUUUACAACGUCGAAUACAAUUCAUCCACAUACCAAUUCCGGAAACUCUGCAACAUGCAGGCUGUUAUUCAUGGAGAUCAUGCGACCUAUGUCAACCAAGCAACUAGCAAUCUGAAUGACUGCAUCAAUCUGUGCGCGGCAUAUAAUGAGAACAACGUGACAAAGAGCACUGGGUCGAAGGUUUGCUCCUCGGUUUGUUGGCGGAAUGGCUUUGUCGAUGAUGACUGGCCAGGCCAAUGUUUUGGAUAUGCAGGAAAUAAUGACUCGUACAGUGGGGGGUAUAACCUCCAGGCGGAUGUUACCUGUGAUUCGGCAAUUUGGACCAAUGAAGCGUGA